AUGAGAUUAGCGAGGAUGAUAGGCUCUAAAGCAGCGGUUCCGGUGAAGGACAGGCCGACGAAAGUUUCUAUUGCGUCCUCUCGUCUUUAUUUUUUUAUUGCAAGUUAUGUCUGUUAUUCAAAAGUUUGAGUUGAGAAAGUUAAAUUUUCUGGGGAGAGAUACGAAUUUCUAGAGUGUUUCGGUCCGAGAAUAAUUCAAGAGGUGAAGCCUGAAUUUGUGGAACUGUUUUGGAUUAUUUGUCUCGGAUCCCUCAUCUUCUCCGCUGUCUGAUGAUUGGAAGUCCUUGAUCAUUUUCAGUGUGCUCAGACAUCCUUUUUGAGAACAAGUUAGAAAUUUUAGAAAUUUUCAGUAGACAUGAUUUUCUGACAGAAUUAUCCGCAUUAUAACUAUUUGGAUAGUUUUCGACGCCGUAUUUAUGGUUCUUCUGUCUUGGGUUCCUAGGAAACAGAGGCAUCACAUUGGCAAUGUCGAUAACGAGUGGCUUUUAGUUAUGGCAUCAAUCGUAAAUGAUCACGUGUACUUCUGCCAAAUCGCUCUUUAUAAAUCCCAUUAGUUCAUCCCCCACUUUGUUGCAAAAAAUUAGCUAUCAAUCCUUAAUGCCCAUCUCCAAAAAUACAACUCCUUCCUGUUUGACUCGAGAUUAGAAUUUUAUGAAGACUUGACCUUGGUCCAAAUUCUUCACGCUGCUGGGACAUGGAAGGUAAACCAUGUCCAUAAUCACACCCAUAAAUCGCCACUGUAAUGUUGCUCGUGACUGCCUUCUACAUUACCCGUUCUGCGUUUUUUUUUUUUGUGUAGUUCUACCAUUGCUUCCGAUCAUCCUUUCCACAAAUACCAUGUAUAUUACCACUGCAUAUUAACCGGCACUCAGGUGGAUCAAAUUAAUCGGGUGGACUGGAGUGUUGGGCCACCAUAGAAAAAGGACGAAGUGAAUGUUUCGCCAAACAAGAAUUUUGGAUCGUACCUCAAAUGGCUCAUUCAGAGAGAUGGCAUUCAGAGCGAAAAUGAGGAGUAAGGUCUGUGAAUUUCAUCUCGACUGAAUUGAGCACCCAUCCUUCAAGAGACACGGCCGUCAUUUUUGCGAGACCUAUUGAGAAGACUGAUGGGGAUGGUGACAAACAGUCAAGCAUUUGGUAUGAUGAACACUAUCGCCACCUCGUCAUAUAUUUCCUUCACAUGGUUACCACGUCCAUUUUGAAGCCACUCAAAUUUAUGGUCUUGGCCACUUGGUGCUAUGACUAGCCUGAUGACACAAAACGCCAUAGGUAUGAGCGACUACAAGCUUGCGCUGUAGUUAUCCUGCAAGUUUUUAUUUUUAUCAGGAAUCUUGUGUUCUCCUGGUUCUCAAGCCAAUUCUUUUUGGAAUGUUCAUGAUCUAAUGGUGCCCACUUCGAUCUUGGUCUCCUUGCCAGAGCCAAGUAUGCAUCCACGUCUUUAUUUGAUCGUGGGUUUUGGGCAGGUAACGAGUUACAAAAGCCUUGGCUACUCCAGACCUCGCAAAUGCUCCCCAUCUCCAUCUUUGCGCAUUCAGAAGCUCUCACUUAGAUGCCGUGUGAGGGCACAGGUUGGGGAUCAUUUUGGUCGGCAGAGCAAGCUCUCGGCCCUUCUGCAUAUCGUAUCAGAGACUCUGUCGAAGCCCCUCCCUGAACAUGUAAGAGAGUUCCCCUGGAAGCAAGCAGAGGUUCGCAUCUCCCAUCGCCUGCUUCACCUCGGCAGGAAGGCAUUGAAGGGGUUCCUCCUUGCGGCCGUCUUCCUCAGCUUUGCUUCCGACCUCGUCUCCUCGUUUUCAAGAAGCAGGGAGCUGGUGAUUCCUCUGGGGUUGAUCAUUGGCGUCACCGUGGCCGACUUCCUCGUGGAGACAUCCAAGGAGCUGUUCCAAAGUCCUAAGCAGGUUUAGUCACUUGCAUCCACCGGGUCUCAUUUUGGCUGGGCUCUCACGCUUGUUCUUCUGGCUUUUUUGAAGGCCCAUGGCUAUGGAAGAAAGCUUCUUGGUGUCGGCACAGUCUUCGCUUGUAUAAAGCUCCUUAAUCUGUACACUGCUCUGCCGGGGCGGAUGGUUCUGACCUACAUCGGCAAUGGUGGACUCAUGCAGGUGCUGUGGCUGGCGUGGCAAGUGCAGGAAAAAGAUAGUGACAAGGACUUAGAAUUUCCUGCUACACCAGAGCAGACACAGCUGUAG